CGUGGCGGGGUCGGAGGGCACGCGGCGUCGGUGUCAUGGCGGCCUCCGUGCUGGGUUCUACCUGCGGCCCGCUGCGGCUCGGCGUUACCGGCCUGUGCCGCCGCCGGCCGCCCCGGGGCCUGUGGGCUCGUGCGCGGCGGCUCCCGGGGCUCGCGGGGUCUGGGCGGAGCGUGGCCGCGGCCAGCGGAUCGGGCGCUUCGGGCACCGACCGCUAUUGCAUGGAGCUGCUGCGGAAACGAGACUACGAAGGCUAUUUGUGCUCCCUGCUGCUCCCUGCAGACUCCAGAAGCUCUGCCUUUGCACUGAGGGCCUUCAAUGUGGAACUGGCUCAGGUUAAGGACUCAGUCUCUGAGAAAACAAUUGGACUGAUGCGAAUGGAGUUUUGGAGAAAAACCGUGGACGACAUAUACAGUGACAACCCACCCCAGCAGCCUGUGGCCAUCGAGCUGUGGAAGGUCUGCACACCAGCAGAGGCAGGCCCCGUUCCUGGGCCCCUGACUGACUUCCAGAGCCCCAGUAAGGAUGGAAAAAGCCAGGCCCUCCCAAGUCUGGGACUGAGAAGAAAAAGUGGAUGGGAAGCUGCUGUCAAAAGACAUAAUCUGACUAAAAGAUGGCUUAUGAAAAUCAUUGAUGAAAGAGAAAAAAAUUUGGAUGACAAACCAUAUCGUAAUAUCCAGGAACUGGAAAACUAUGCUGAAAACACUCAGAGCUCUCUUCUUUAUUUAACACUAGAAAUAUUGGGUGUAAAGGAUCUUCAUGCAGAUCAUGCCGCGAGUCACAUUGGAAAAGCGCAGGGCAUUGUCACUUGCUUGAGAGCAACGCCCUAUCAUGGUAGCAGAAGAAGAGUGUUCCUUCCCAUGGAAAUUUGUAUGCUGCAUGGCGUUUCACAAGAGGAUUUUCUACGGCAGAACCAAGCUAAAAAUGUGAGAGAUGUGAUAUAUGACAUUGCCAGCCAGGCACACUUGCACCUAAAGCAUGCUAGGUCCUUCCACAAAAGUGUUCCUGUGAAAGCAUUUCCUGCUUUUCUUCAGACGGUUGCCCUGGAGGACUAUUUAAAGAAAAUUCAACAGGUGGAUUUUGACAUAUUCCACCCAUCUUUACAGCAGAAGAAUACACUACUACCAUUAUCUUUGUAUGUUCAGUCAUGGAGAAAAAGAUAUUAAAAUAAUUUUAUGGCA